GUCUGGUGGCAAGCAAUAGCCAUUUAACUCUAACUAAAAUAUGAUUUAUUGCACACUAUUUUUGAUUUAAUCUUUACCAAAGGGAAAGUCAAAUUAAAUGAGCUUGUUUUAAAAUAAGAACUUGAAUUUUGUCACUCUCAAAACUUUACAUACAUUACUCAUUAAAGAGAGCAAACAUACAGAUUAAGAAGAUUUGAAGAAAUAAUAAAAUUUAACACUCGUGAUAAAAUAUUUCUUCUGUGAUUACAAGGUUAGAGCAAGGUUUCUCUUGCUAUUGAGAUGCAAAAAUAGCCUGCAGAACAAAAGCCUGUAGUUUGAAUGUGCAAAACUGGGAUCAGAAACACACCAUUAACGAUGUCCUACAGUGAAGUCAGUGGACUCAUGGUGAUUCAUGAUCAGCAUGUGACGUAAAUGAGAGAGAACUAUGCAUUUGUCAAUAUAAAGAGCUCAGCGUUCAUACAAUGUUCUUUUAAAGCUCAGGGUAAUUUUACUUCUCAAACUCUGUCUUUUUAAACUCUCUGAGACGUUUUAGGACCUGCACUGAUAUGAUUUUAUAAGAGACAAUUAAAGUGUUUUACUGCUGAUCAAUACAGGAUGCAGUUAAUGAGGCCAGUAUUAAGACCAGUGUAAAUGGGAAUGGCAUGAAAAUUUGCCAACGAAUUCAAGAUGAUCUACACACACUACUUCCCAUUGUCCUAUUUGCAAUUAUUUGAAUGCCCCUCAAUUUGCAAAAGCAUAUGAUGAUUUCCUGUGUAUUUCCAUCAUAGCCUAGGAUGCACUGUGAUUGGGUGCUUGGUGCUCCUUCAAAUAUAAUAAAGACCCUUGACAGGAUGAGAUGACUCCACAGAAGUUGAACCUCAACAUCAACUCAAUAUGAAGAAAAGUGCUCUCAUCUUUCUCAUUCUCACAGCUCUCUUUGAGGUGGCUCUCUGUGGCCUCUAUGGGAAUGACAUUUAUCUCAGAAAUCUCAAAACAUGGUCAGAGGCCAGAGAAUACUGUAGAGAGAAUCACACUGAUCUGUCUUCAAUCACCAGGAACAAUGAAAAUCAAAACCUCCUCGAUAAUCGGAAUACCUACAGCAAGCCAUUUCUGGCCUGGAUCGGCCUGUACAGCGAUGCCAAUGAUACAUGGAAGUGGUCAGGAGGGAAAAAAGCGUUGUUCGACAGGUCAAGACUGAUGAACCCAAAUGAUAGAAACAGAUGUGUGGCACAAAAUGAAGAAGGCUGGUGGAAAAAGGACUGUGAGGACGAAUUCAACUUCUACUGUUUUCAAAGCAAACUGGUUUUGGUGAAGGAAAACAAAACGUGGGAGGAGGCGAUGGAGCAGUGUCGCCAGCAGCACACUGAUCUGGUCAGCCUGCGUGGUGAAUCUGCUCUGAUUAAAACCCUGCAGACUUGCAGGGAAGCCCAGACAGACCACGUGUGGAUCGGCCUGCGUUACCUGGCUGGCAACUGGCUGUGGGUGAACGGGGACGACAUGAGGUACUAUGCCCGGAGCCAAGAGAAGGCGCCACAGUGCCCCGCCAAGAGUCGCCACUGUGGGGCCCUCUCACUGGAGGGACAGCUCUGGGACAGCCGGGACUGUGAAGAAAAACUCAACUUUGUGUGCUAUUGAAAUAAUAUGUCUUGAUUUGCAAAGAUACGUGUCAAUUUAGGUGUUCAUCAUAUAUCAUCAUAUAUCAAGCGAAGUACGUAAGUUUUCUUUCCAAUAGAUAAUGUUCUUGUGCUGUAAUGGUUUGCUAGUGUUUACCAUUUGAUUAGAAAAGUAAUGAAGAUAGUCUAAUGUAAAUAUGAGGAACAGACAAGAUAUUAAUAAUAUACUGUUUCCCUAAGCCAUUAUAUAAAAACAUUUAUACAAUGCAUGCUUGAGCUGUUAUUGAUUAGCACAUUGAACACACCCCAGACUGGACUAAACCCCUAGACAGCAGAACAGGUCAACAACUCGAAAUAUCUUGGAGUACUGUUCCACCUCAUCUUCAACAAAAAAUAAAACAAAAGAAAACCUACGAGCAUCACACAUGCUGCCUCUAAAAUCAUCAGACUCCCUAUACCAAAACUCUCAACAGGCCUAGCAAUUGACUCUGAUGACUCCCUCAAUCAUCACUUCAGAUUACUGCCAUCUGGACGGCUGCCUCUCUGACGACUCUGAUGUUUUGUGUUGGGAUGUAUGAAUGUAUUUAUGGGAACUUAUCUAUAUGUUGCUGUGUUUAUAUCUGUGUGUUUCUAUGUUGAACUAGCUGGGACAAUAAUGACUAAAUAUAUUUACAGAAGUAUCCAUUAAUGUGCACUGUUCCUUUAACUUUAAACUGUAUACAUACAUAAAUGAAUGAAUCUAAACCUAAAUAUAUAUUCAUUUCAUUACAAGCACAUUAAAAGCUGAAUUUGUGAUUCAGAA